CAGUGACAUCACUUGUAAGCGUUACGAUUGGUUCCCAGAACUGUUCCACGAGAACUUGCGAGAGUAUCCCGAACCGCGGGACGAUGGCUAUGGUAAACAACGAGGAGCAUCCAAUGCUCCGGAUAUUUCUGAAGGAUCAUGCAUGUGAUGAAGUAAUGGGGAACCUGGCUUUUCUUGUGUAUAAGGACUUAUGUGAAGUGAGAGCUUGGCGAAAUGUAGAGUUACACUUCAGUCCAUCCUUAGGUCGACCAUAUGUGAGUGGGCGGUCCUGUUUAAGUUCUCCACUGGAAGUAGUGCUGCCAUUGUCAGUAGAUUCAUCGGUGUCACAUGCUUACAUCCAAUCGUUGUUUGAGCAUCUCCAAAUAGGUGGACAAAACUUUAACAGAAUCAUUCUAGGAGUAUGUGCAUCAGAUUCCAGUAUCGUUUACUACAAGGUUUCAAGAGACAUAAUUCGACCUGAAACACCAGAAAUAACAGAAGCAAAACGACAGCAAUGGGCACAGAAAGCAGCCAAGAGAAAACGACAGCUUACAGAAUAUGUAGAAGUGUUUUCACAGCUAGAAAAAUCUGAUUAGUUGGAACGAACCAAACAUUUUUUAUGUCUUCCUCGACUCAGGAAGUGUACAGCUGAAUGAAGUUUGCAUGCGAGAGAGAGAGAAAAAAAAAGAGUGGAAAAUGCACGUACAGGAGUCAGUUCAGAACCAGCAGUUUGGGCAUCUAGUCUGGUUUUUUUGUAAACUGAUGCUUUUUGCUUUGAUGAAAGAAAUAAAGGCUCUAAAUCAUAA